AUGAUAAGGAUUAUUGGUAAAAGAUAAAAUUAAUUAGUGAUUGCAAAUGGGAGGUUUGUGAAGAAAGAAAUGAACUAUUAUUAUCAGUAUCUGUUCUCCCGCAUGCACAAUACCCCCAACCAUUCAUUAUUCCUGCGUUGAACGCUUCUUCAUCCCGCAAACCCACAACUAAAAUAGCAAUCCCUCCCUUCAAAAUUACAUCCGAAACCCCCUCCCCUUUGCCGCCAUUGCUGUCUCCUCGCCCAGAUGAUGAAGCUAUGGCGCAGGACUGCCGGAGCAAUCAAGGACCGAAACAGCAUUUGGCUGGCCACCCUUUCACCCCGCACGCCCUACCGCCACCCCGACCUCGAGGCUGCCAUCAUCCGAGCCACCAGCCAUGACGGUGCUAAAAUAGACUACACCAAUGCCCGCCGCGUCUUUCAGUGGAUCCGAACCUCUCCCGUCUAUCUCAAGCCUCUCGCCUUGGGCCUCUCCUCCCGUAUGGAGAAGACACGAAGCUGGGUUGUCGCUCUAAAGGGUCUUAUGCUCAUCCAUGGCGUUUUUUGUUGCCAAAUUCCCUCCGUCCAGCGCAUGGGCCGUCUGCCUUUCGAUCUCUCUGCCUUCGAAGAUGCCCAUUCCAAUUCAUCCAAGACUUGGGGUUAUAACGCCUUCGUCAGAAGCUAUUACGCAUAUCUGGAUCAGAAGUCCUCGCUUAUUUCUUCUGAAGCCAAGAAUGCGAAGAAAGGGUUGAAGCCCCUAUUGUUGGAUGAGUUGAUUAAGCUUCAAACUUGGCAGUCCAUGUUGGAUAUGUUGCUUCAAGUUCGACCCUUGGAUGAGGAUAUGAAGGGGGGCUUAGUUUUGGAGGCCAUGAACAAUCUCAUCUUUGAGAUUUUUGACGUUUACAGCCAAAUCUGCAACGGAAUUGCUCAAGUUCUGUUGAACAUUUACGAGACACCAGCGAAACCCGAAGCAUCAUUGGCACUUCAAGUUGUCAAAAAAGCAGCAACUCACGUAGAAGAUUUGACUCAAUACUUUGAGAUAUGUAGAGAAAUGGGUGUUUUGAAUGCAUCUCAGACCCUAAAAUUGGAGAAGAUCCCAGAAGAAGACAUCAAAGAUCUUGAGAAAAUUAUCAAUGGAAGCGUUAAUUUUAAUGGGAAAGAUAAUGGAGGAGAGAUGAGGAGUGAGCUUGGAAAUGGAUCAAAGAGGGGGUUGAAGACAGUGAUUACAGACAAAUGGGAGAGAUUUGAUGCAGAUUGUUGUUCAUCAACCACUUUACAAGCCCCUUUUGCAAGCUGUUCUUCUUCCCAUUUGAGCCUUGUUUCUAAACCAGUACAUAAACAAGACUUACCUGACUUGAUCACUUUCUAGGCCUCUUGAAAUUGUCAGAUAUUUACAUGCUUCGUCAGUUACCAGAUAAUUCCCUUUUACCAAAGAAAGGAGGAACUAAGUUGUGUAUACUCUCUCUUUCUCUAAUCUCUUUAUAUUAGUUCUUCCAUUACUUUGAAUGGAUGUCAUUGUAUUUGUUGGUUAAGUUUUCAGAUAAUAAUAUUCCAACAGACAUUUAGAGUGCCAA